GGGGUACGAAGGCAGAGAUAUUUCAGAGAAGCCCACACCGUGCAUAAUACAUGUACCGAGCCAUCAUCCUCAACGCUGCCGACCGCCAUGUCGGAUUUCGACAAUGACUGCGCCUGGCCGCGCCGGCUACUGCACCUACCUACUAUGACUUCGGUGCAAUGGAAGCCUGGCAAUUAUUACGGAAAGGACCGCGAACCCAGAUACAUCGCUAUCUCGUACACUUGGGGCAGAUGGCGAUUGAAGGGUGCGACGCAUCCAGACGUGAAAGGACUGGCGGUCCAUGGUGUUGCCUGGGAAAUGCCACGAGUAGACCCAGACCAUUUUACCAUGGGCGAAAUGGAGAAUGUGUUGAGAUCAGCUCUGAAGCUAUCGAUGGAGAUCGAAGGUUUCGACAACCCUAAAGAGCCACUCUCCCCGAUAAACUACAUCUGGCUAGAUGUUGCUUGCAUCUACCAGACUCGUAACUCAGCGGAGAUGGCCAUGGAAGUUGGCCGCCAAGCGAAGAUAUUCAAGGGAGCCACGCAGACUUUUGCGUGGUUGACAAAGCUUUCCCGCCAGGAUUACGUGACACAAGCGGAACGACACCUGGAGCAGGCCACGCCAACAAGAGCUGAGGCAAAGAACGGCCUCGAUAAGGUCCGACGUCGCUUAGACAUCAAAAGACGAGAGAUCGAACAGCUCAGUCUAGAUCCAUGGUUCUCGUCUCUCUGGACGUUGCAAGAAGCAUAUCUCUGUCCCCAGGCCAUAUUCAUUACCAGACAGGGAGAGCUUCUAAGCCAGUCCGACAUCGAUAACCCCGCCAAAGAUCCGAUGUUGCUGAGCUACUUCAUCGACUACUGCGACCACGUGAUGACCAUAGUGACGUCGCAUGAGAAGAAGCCACAAACCAUCGAACCAAACGACAAAUACCUGAUACUACUGAAGAGUUCGAUCGAACGCAGCGGCAUGAUCGGCCUCCGAUCAACUCUCCCGAUUACUCUUCUUGGGGCUGCCCGCCACAGGACGACAAGUCGCGAAAAGGACCGCGUCUAUGGAAUCAUGCAGGUCUUCAACUUCCGGCUGGGAAAGGCGAGGCCGGGUUAUGACCCCAACGGUGACCCCUCCCUCCAAGAGCUGGAGGACGAGCUUGGGCGAGAGCUACUUGCUCAAGAGCCUAUCAUGAGCCAGAUGCAUGUGUUUGAGAAUCUUCCGCAAGUUGGGAAGGGUUGGCGAAUCUCUCAAGAUUCUCAACCUACAAGGCGCCUCCAUCUUGUCAAUCAAACCUAUAGUGAGGGCAAGUCAGUCUUUGAGGGCAUGUUGGUAAAGGCUCAGCUCUCGACUAUUACUCUUAAUGGCGUGAACUGGGGCCACUUCAGCGGCAAAACUUGCAAGUUCAGCAAGUUGGUUGAAAUUUGGGACAGCGACAAAGGAUGGGGAGGCGGAAUCAUCGACCUCGAUGGCGCGGAACAUUGGACUGCCGUUCAUGGGCCUGACCUUGCCCGUAAAGAAGCCAUUGCGUUCAGUCAACAUCACCCACACGCAGUCGUCUUACUUUUAGGCCUCGCAGAAAAGCAAGCAUCUACGAAAAGCUCGAGCAUGCCAGUAGGUCUCUUACUCGUUCCCUUCAGUGGCCAGUCCGGGGUCUCGGAGAAUUUAGAUGUCUGGCAAAGAGCUGGCGUCUGUCAAUGGUGGACAAGUUACGAGCCGAAUAGCGGGUCUGAAGUGGGAGGAACUUUGGAAGGAGAAUCGAGAGACUGGAUUCUCAGUGCCGGGGCUUUUGGUUAAUAAUUUGGAAAAUAUUAAGAAGGCAUUGCUUGUCAAAUGACCAGUAAAGUUUGCUUUCCCUGGUUUGCUUGAGACUAAGAUAGAUUACUGGCUGAUUGAAAAUGGAAGCUUUGUCAAUAUGUGGCGUUGCAAGGUUAUCUUACGUACGACAGUGAUGUAUUUACAACUUCCUCGUGUGGAAAUGAAUAUGUUUAUACAAGGCAUAUGUUUAUACAAGGCAGAAAGUCACCAAUAACAGCGCGCUGGACAUACA